AUGUCGUCUAUGGGUGACACUGUCCCAUGGGACACCAUGACAGACUUCACCUCAAGCCACGGAGCUUCCAGCGUGUCAGUGACACACACCAAUUUCAUCCCAUCUUACCCCACGACAAAGAACACUGAUCCGUUUCCUAAGGAAUCUCAUCCCACUACUUCCGGUCUGGUGACUACUGGGAACACACUCGAUACAAGCAUUCCAGUGACAGCUUCUUUCUCCUCCUCCAUCGUCACUGACGGCUCUGGGACCCCACAGACGGACAGUGUGUCAUUGACUCCAACCAGAACCCAUACCUUCCACGCCACAGCUGAGUCCGUAUCUACAGAGCUGCCUCCUCUUACUUCAGCAGUGACUGGGGUAGGUCAGACCCCCUUCUCCACCCAUGAUGUUGAAUUCACUGGAGACGCCACCAUGAACCCCACCACAGACCUUCCUACACAAUCUCUCCUUACAGAAACCAUCACGACUCUUCCGGCCACUUCCUCAGUUGCCCCUGCAGACGUGUGGCUUUCUGAGGUAUCCAGCAUCUCCUCUCCCAUGAGUACCAGUGUGCUGACAUCACCCACAAGUAGGAUUCUUCCCUCUGCACCUGCACCAAACACGCAAUCUCUCACUGCCCCUUUAUCUACAUUAAGGACCAUACUUCCAGUCACCGAUGCCAAGUCUACAGCAUCGUCUCCAGUCAACUCCCCCAGCUUUCCAAGUAACACUGUUGGACAUCCCACAUCAGAUACCACCUCUCCUACAACCCUUACACAUACACUGACCCCUGACACCUCUGUCGUACCCUCCUGGACCUCUUGGCCUACUUCAGAAACAGCCGGAACCGCUAUCACACAUUUGGUCACCACACCCACCCUGUCAUCUUCUCACAGGACCCCUAGCCUUACAACCUCAGACAGUUACUCUACUCACAGAACAGCCACAGCUGCAACCUCCUCACAUCCCAACACCCUUGGUACUAUAGAGACGCUCAUCUCUAUAACCCCAUCGUCUCCUAGUGCAGGCAUCUCCACGAAUGCAGCCACAGAUCUCCCUUCCUCAUCUACAGGCAAUAGUGGUUCAUCAGUUAUGACAGUCACCACCCCAACCCAUGCAGAUUCAACUAUGUCCACAACACAUGCCAGUAUCACCCCAUCUUCCCUUUUUGUCAAUAGCACAGAAAUAACAACACUGGUGAGUAUACCCCAUACCACCACCCCAAGUCUAGCAGCUGAUUUUACAAACACUGGACACACCCAAACGCAUUCUCUUGCUACCAGUGUUCCUGCCACAGCUACACUCUCUACCUCAAUGGCUGAUGUCAGUUUUGGGAACACAAAGACAGAAAGUCACGUCUCCAGUCACACCCUCAGAUCCGCUGAUGAGUACCAAGGCACUGACUUCAUCCACUUUGCUUUGUCCUCUGUGUCUACCCCAAGCAUGCAGCUAGUCACUACUGACGUCACCCACACUGCCCCAUUAUCCACCUUGGAGAGCGCACCCCCGACUACCGAUGCCUCGUCUACGGGUACAUCUCAAGCCAUCUCAUUCAGCUCUUUAACGAAUGCCAUGACAGUGUUGACAUCAGAGAUCCCCCCUCCUUCCUCCAUCACAGACACACUGGCUCCUGCCACUUCCCUCAUGUCCACUUGGCCCUUACUGCCCACCUCAGAAGCAGCCAGGACUUCUGCCACACCUUUAGUCACCACAGCCACCCAGACCCCAUCCCCUGCCACUCCCAGCCUCACACCCUCCAGCAUCUACCCCACAGACAUGAUCUCCACAGCUCCUACCACUUCUGAUGUGAAGGACACAGUUACACCUGUAGUCCAGGCUUCACCCACUAUGGACACCUCUACCAUUCCAGCUACGGCUCUCACCACGUCUUCUACAAGCAACACUGUCCCACUGGUCACAGCAGUCAUCACCCCAACACACACCACUCUCCUCCCAUCUUUUUCAAGCCCACAGAACUUGGAAACAGCACCGUUUAUCACGUCAACUUGUGCCACCUCCAUUUCUGCCAGCAGUUCUGGAACCAUCCGGACAGGAAGCGUGCCCUCAGCUCCAACCUUUUCCCAUUCUCUCAACACACCAGCUGAAUCCACACCAACACCCAUGACCACCAACACAUUUACAACAACCGCAUCCACAGAACCGCCUACUACUGCAUCCGUGACAAGAACACACUUGGUCACCAUGGCCACCCGGCUCCCCUCUCACAGCACUCCCAGCCUCACCUCCUUAAACGGCUACCCGACUGGUAGCGUGUCCACAACUGCCAUCUCUUUACCUCCUGCCACUUCAGGGACCCUGGAGAGCCUCACGCCCACAAUUCCACCUUCGCAUAGCUCGGCCCUCCCCGCCAUCUCAGACACAGCGGCUCUCACCUCCUCAUCUGUGGGCAGCCCUGAGCCUUUGACCACGGUGUCAGAUAUUUCAACUCACGUAGUUCCUAGCAUGUCACCAGCUGAUUUCAUCUCAUCUUACCCCACCAGCGGGAACACUGAAACUACACGUGUCAACACACCCCACACCACCACAGGCAGCGUGACAGCUAUUCUCUUAACUGAGUCCACACCAACACUCACCACCACACUCGCAGCCCCCACGUCGACAGAGCCACCUCCUUCUACAUCAGCAGUGACUGGGACAGAUCAGUCCCCCUUCCCCACCCUAGCUGCCACACCCACUGGAAAAGUCACAGUGGAUCCUGCCACAGGCCACCCUACGGAAUCACUCACGAUGGACAUAACUGCGACCUCCCCCAUCACGUCUUCAGUCACUGCCACAGGCACACUCACGUAUGGCAUAUCCGCAAGCUCUUCCCACGUGACCUCCAACAUGUGGACCUCACGCACGAGUGGGGCUCUACCCUCUCUGUCCUUCUCAAGUUCACAAGCAGAUGCCACUGGCACCGUGUACAGCACCCCAUUGCCUACCUUGGUGACCUCAGUCCCAGGCACUAAUGAGAAGCCUACAGCUACCUCUCAGGUCACCUUCCUUAGUCCUUCUACCACAAACUCCAUGCCAGACAGCACUGCUACUUCAGUCUCUGUCACCGAUACAUCUACACUCAUCCUGACCCCAACCCAACCAUCCUCACUCAUCUCAGGCACAACUAUGACUGCUACCACAGACUUGAUCACCACAGUCACCUGGAGUCCCCCUGGAAUCUCUACUACCUCCUCCAAUUCAAACAGCCACUCCAUGGACACUGACAGCACGUCUACCACUACCAUCUCCUCACGCCCUACCACUUCUCCAUCCCAUGUCCCUAGUACAAGCACUGGUCGGUCCACUCUUGAGACGCUGACAUCCAUCUCCACUUUGCUAACUACCCCUACCUCAUCAGGUGAACCCAGAACAGAUUCUUUCACCAGGGGAAGUACUUCUACAAACGCAAUGGUGACUGCUUUUGGUACCUUGGUCUCGUCAACACCCACAGUAAUAAUGUCUUCUCCUUUGUCUUUCCCUACCACGAGUCCAGUGCUGAGCACUACAAUUAAAUCUCCUUCUACCUUCUUCCUUAGCUCUAGUACAGAAGAUAGAAUCUCCUCUGGAAUGACAUCCUUUCCUCCUCCUUCAACGACCAGAACUUCUCCAACCGUCUCAUCACUCAUCACCGCUCGUACUGAAUCCACCCCUUUCUCUUAUGUCUCUCUUCCUUCCACGACACCCUGUCCAGAAACCAUCACCAUCACAAUAGUUCCCACCUCUCCCUUGACACCGUGUAUUGACAUCCAUCCCAGUACUGAAGUGCCAUCUGCUCCCAUCACCCCAUUCUCGGUCAUUCCCUCUGUCACCAAAUUGGUGACCCUUUCCAGUUCUACCAGUGAAGGACCAUUUCUCCCUACAUAUAUAAACACUUCUUCCAUGACACCAGGAACGGAACCCUCCGGUGUCACCACUGAUGCUUCUAGCUCAGUGGACACUAGGACGAUAGAUACAGAGUCGGCCUUGACUAGCGCCUCAAUGUCCACCAGGGGCAAUUGGUUGAGUGCCACCUCUAGCGUCACCCCAAAUAUGCCUGGCUCCAUUGGCGUUCCUUCAACCCCCCCAAACGAGCAACAGCCUUCUAUUACCACAGCUUCAAGCAAGGUGACAUACCCCAUUCCAUCUACCACAAAGACACCAGAGACAUCAGUGGUCACUAUGAAGCCUCCUACAACCCUUACAUGACCACGGUCAAGAUCAACUUCAACCACCACUCAGACGACUAUGCCAGCAAGCUUGACCACCACCCCAGGUGUUUGUGACAAUGGCGGCACCUGGGGACAGGACCACUGCAUUUGCGUUCCUGGUUUCUCUGGAGACCACUGUCAAUUUCUGGAUAACAGAUGCCAGAAUGGGGGCACCUGGGAUGGCACCAAGUGUCUCUGCCAUACCUUCUAUGGGUCUCUCUGUGAGUUUCCGGUGGAGCAGUUAGAAAUAGGCACAGUGGAGACUGAAGUGGGCAUGGAGGUAUCUGUGGACCAGGAAUUCUCACCAGAUCUCGAAGACAACACUUCCAAAGCCUACAGAGAUUUCAGCAACGCCUCCCAGGGUCAGAUGCGCAAGAUUUACCAGAAUGUUCAAAGUUUCCAGGGCGUGGAGAUCCUGUCCUUGAGGAGCGGCAGCAUUGUGGUGGAGUACCUGGUCCUGCUAAAGCUGCUCUUCAGUCCCCAGCUGAAGAAGGAGUUUGAGAAGGCGAAGAUGACGCUGAAGGAGGAGCUUCAGGGUGCCAGUCAAGAUGGUGACAGCUGUCAGGACAACCAGACCCUGUGCUUUAAGCCUGACUCCAUCAAGGUGAACAGUGACACUGGGAAAGAGCUGACCCCAGAAGCCAUCUGUCACUGAACUGCCCCCAAGGGCUUUGAGGAAUUCUACUUUCCUUUGGUGGAGUUGAACAGGCUCCUCUGCAUCACCAAUUGCACCUGUCAGUGUUUUCUGCAGAAGAGUGGUCCAGCUUGUUGGUGCUUCUCCACGGACACACACUGGUUCUCAGGCCCACGCUGUGAGGUGGCCAUUCACUGGAGGGUGCUGGUCGGAGGCUUGGUGGGGGCUGCCACUCUGCUGCUGUUGUUACUGGUGGUCUUAAGUGUCUGGGCAGUUGGGGGGGGGGGGUGGGUGGGUGGCGAGGAGUCUCCAGACAUUGCACUUUGCCCAACUCUCUGACUUCCUGAGCUGUCGCCUAGGUCCUGUACCCAGGGUAGGAAAUGGUUUGAGAUCUGGGAUGAAGACAUGGUGGGGACGUUUUCCAAUACGGGCUUCCAGGAUGCCCCGACAGAUAAUAAUGAAAACUCCCGUGUUUCCUUGGAGAAAGAGGACACCGACAAGAGGGUGCACAUGCAAAGGCCUGAGGUGGCUUCGUCGUCAUCAUCAUCCUGA